CCGACGCUCUCCUCCCCCAAUCACUCUCCGCCUCAGUCUCUCUCCUCCUUUCACCCACAGUCUCCAUUUGCUUGCAGCCGCAAACACAGCAACCGAAUUCUCUGUCACCGAUGUCCGACAAGACCAGGGCCAGCUCCGCCGCCGGAUCCCGGCGCCGUCAGCCGAGCCGCCUCCAGCGGCGGGCACCGGCGUCCCUGCAGAUCGCCGCCCCGGCCUCCCACUGGAACGUGGCGAUCCCGCUCCUGUCUCCCCUCGCCUCCUCGCCCACGUCCCCGGAGCUCAUCGACCGGCCUGCGGUGGCGGAGGAGGUCAGGCUCCGGGAGGAUCCGCGGGCGGACCAGGAGAGGAAGCCGGUUGUCUUCAAGACGUGGCAGCACCCGGCGGCGCCCUUCUGCUACGAGCCGGCUCCCCUGAAACCCUCGUUCGUGCCGGUGUAGAAGAAAGAAUAUAUGUAUAUAUUAUCCAUUUUUAUCUUAAUACUAUCCAACUUUUCCUCUUUUUUGGGGGGAUUAAUUAUUAUUAACUAUCGGGUUUAGAUCUAACGAUGGUUGAUUAGUAUGCAAUUGUAAAGUAUGUAAGUUGUUGAUUAGGGCCAUCAAUGUUAAUAGAUGAUUUUUCGAUUGGCUUGAACAUUAUUAUGUACCGAUUUGGUCACCGACCUUUUUUCGGUAAUU